UUUUUUUUUUUUUUUCCAGAAAUUAUUAUUAUAAUUCUACAACUUAUUAAGCCUCUAAAAAAUCAUUUGAGUUCAUACGUAAAAUUUUGUUUGUAGACUUUGUAGCUGAAAACUUCCAACUUAUAGUAACUAAUAAUGGAUGCGGAUUUCCGGAACAAUCAACAACAACAACAGCCACAACAAAACAUGAACUCGGGCCUAACACGAUACAGAUCAGCACCGAGUUCAUAUUUCUCGUAUUUGUAUGAAGACGAGGAUAUUAAUCCGUUCUUAAGCCCCAGGGCUUCUAGCCCUGAGACAGAACGCAUUUUAUCUAGAUUCAUGUCUAAUGGUGAUCAAUAUCGAGGUAACGAAUUUCAAGAUAUAAAUUCUAUGAAACAGGAACAAGUAACAUUUUCACCACCACCACAACAACAACAUAUGAUGUAUCAAAACCAUGUUCCAUCUCAUCAACAAGUUGUUCAUAAUAAUAAUAAUAAUAAUAGUAAUUUGGGUGUUUCUAGCUCUAGCUCUAGCUCGGGCAUGGUUGAUCCGGUAAUGUUAAUGGAUCCACCAACUAAUCUUAUUCGUCAAAGUAGUUCGCCAGCUGAAUUUUUCGAAAACAUUAAUAUGGAUAAUGGGUAUUCAGGUAUGAGACCUAUGGAUAAGUUUUCGACUUCAAACAGGUCGAAAAGUAGGAUGGGUUACGAAUCGGGUUCACAUUCAUCUUCUAGAGUAGUAUUGUCUCGUAUACCUGAAAACGAGGGGAAAAACGUGGCCCAUAACAAUAAUGGUGGUUAUCCCAGCUUCCCUGUUGCUUCUUGGGACGAAUCAACAAUGUUAACCGAACGAUUUCUAAAAGAAUUCGGCAAAAGUGACCGAAUAAGUUCAUCUGAAGAUCAGAAUGAUGAAGGGAGAAUUCAAUCUCCAAAUGGUUUGUUUCAUCAGCUUAGUUUGCCAACGAGUUCGACUGAGAUGUCUGCAAUGGAAAAGCUAUUGCAGUUUCAAGAUAAUGUGCCAUUAAGAAGCAGGGCUAAAAGGGGUUGUGCUACUCAUCCAAGAAGCAUUGCCGAACGGGUAAGGCGGACACGGAUUAGUGAAAGAAUGAGGAGGCUGCAAGAUCUUGUCCCCAAUAUGGAUAAGCAAACAAACACAGCAGACAUGUUGGAUUUGGCUGUGGAUUAUAUCAAAGAACUUCAGAAACAAGUUGAGUCUUUUUUUUUUUUCUGUAACAUUUCAGAUACUUUCAGAUUGUCAUGCUAGGUGUACAUGUCCACAUAAACAGGAACUAUAACACGAGUAAUUAUAGGUAUGUUUCGCUUCUGUACAUGAUAUAUAAUGGAAGUAGCCCGAGAAGAAGAAGGAAUUUGUUUAGUAAUGAGUUAGGGGAAUAAGAAAUUUACAUUUGUUAUGUAACAUUCAGCCAAUUGUAUAGUCAUUCUAAAGUACCAGUAGCCAAGGUUGUUUAUAAGAAUAAGAUCAGAAUGCAACAUCAUUAUUAGACCACCAUAUAUGUAAAUGAUCAUAAGUUAUGUA